UGGCCUUCAAGGUUAUUUUAUUAGAUCAUCAAGGGUUAAAUCAGAGAGUAACACCAUUAACACUUACGUUUGAGAUAUCAGAUAUAAGAAUAUCAGGCAAAUCUGAUUUCAACUACACAGUUAAUCGCAGCCCACAUAUCUUCUUCUUUUAUUUCAUUGCAAAUUUGACUGAUAUUCAAGACAAUUGGAUAUUACAAUGGAUUGGCAAGGAUAAGGGGUUAAAAUUGCAUCAACUUGAACUUAAGCCAGGAAAUCAAUCAAUUAUGCCUCAAACUGCAGCAGCUGUAAAAGACAAUGAAUUGGAAAUUAUGAACGUUUGUUUCCUUGAAACAUUCAAAAACUUUAGCACACUUCAAGAAUUUAAAUUUGCAGUAAUAAUGUAG